AUGGAGAGCUUCUUCGCAUUACGAACGAUAUCAAGGCCAUUCUUGGUCGUGAUGGUCGCCUUCACCGCUGCCGCUUUCUCUAUCAUUCUAGUCGCCGCAUUCUACCACUUCAUCGUGAUGCACUACUACCGCAGGCGGCAAGAGAAUGCCCGCUGGCCGCCCCCCAACGCCUCCGACAGGCUGGAACAAAAGAUCCUCCAGACCAUCCCUAUCGUCGCUUACUCCGCUGAGAAGCCGGAGUUCUUCGACCAACAGAGCGAAUGCGCCGUCUGCCUUGCGGACCUGGAGGAGGGCGCCAUGGUCCGCGUCCUGCCUAAUUGUAUGCACGGAUUUCACGUCAAAUGCAUCGACGAAUGGUUCCUUGGAAACAGCAGCUGUCCAAUUUGUAGGACGUCUGUAACUUCUGCUUCCUCUCCUGCAUUGCCGACGUUCCUCCAACCGAGAGAGGUCAGGGUUGAAGUUAUGGCUCAAGGAGUUAGGGCUCAAGACCGCGUUCAAGAAAGUGAAGCGGCCGUUAACGAGAUUCGAAUUCACGUCGAUAACGCUCCGUCCGGCGCCGCGAUGCUCCGGCACUGUUCAUCACUGGAUCUGGACAAGGAGAGGCGGUUGAGGCUUCCGAUUGCGGAGCUGAAGAGAUCGCUUUCUCUGGAUCACCGCUACCUGGUUAUUGAUUUCCAGAAAGAGAAUCAAGGGACUAGGACUUCUCCUUCUUCUUCUCCUCCCCCUCCUCCACCAUCUUCUUCGCCUUCACCGGCCAAGAAUGGAUCGGCAGGGCGUUCGGAUCUUGUUUCGUCCAAGCAAUGGAGAUCAUUCUCGCGGCUGAUAAUCAGGGAGAGUGGUUUGCGCGACAGAAAUCUUCUUGCCUGUUGA